AUGCGAACAGAAGUUCUCCAGUAUUACAUUUGGGUAUGUGUUUCGAAUACCAUUUCUAUUAUAAAUUUUACAGUUCACGAGACUGAAUAUGAUUGUGGUCAAAAAGCACCAACAAAAGUAAAUGCAAGUGAUGAUAGAGGUGAUGAGGUGAAAAAUUUGAAGAGAUUGAAUCAAACUUUACUUAUUACAAUCACAAAUGAAAGAAAACAAAUAGAUGAGUUGAAAAAUACGUUGCAAUUGAGUGAUGCUGCUUCUAAGGAAUUACUUGUAGAAAUUAAUAAAGACAAAAGUCAGUGGGAUUCUUAUGAGGAAGCCAUGAAAAACACAAUUGAAGAGCUAAAGAAUGAGCUUACUGAAACAAGAGUCAUGAGUGAGAGUAAUGAAAAAUUAUGUACUCAAUUGACACAAAAAAAGAAUGAGCUAGAAAAUAAAUUGAAAGAGCUGGAAAAUAAGUUCAAAGAAUGCAAUGAAGAGAUUAAAGAAUUACAAUAUUUGAAAAAUGAGCUUAAUCAAACAAGUAUAUUGAGUGAGAAUCAGGAAAAAUUAUGUACUCAAUUGCCACAAGAAAAAUAUGAGCUGGAAAAUAAGUUGAAAGAAUGCAAUGACGAGAUUCAAAGAUUACAGGUGGUGAAAAAUGAGCUCAAUCAAACAAGAAUAUUGGGCAGAUAUGCACACAGAAAUUGUAAAAACGAGUUGAGAAAAUGCAAUGAAGGGGCUAAGAAAUUGAAAGUGAAGAUGGUCGAGGAUCAGAAAUUUUGGGAUUCUAGUAGGGUGAGGUUAGAAGGAAAAAUUACAGAGCAGCAAAAUGAGAUUGAUGAAGCAAGAAAAUUGAGCAAGAAACAUGAAGAAUUGUACACUCAGUUAAUGCAAGAAAAAAUUAAAAUGGAAAAAGAUUUGCAAAAAGUAAUUGAUGUUCUAAGAAAUUGA